AAAAAACCCAAAAUUUCGGAGUAGAAGUGAAACAAAUCGGAAAAGAGCAUCAGGUCCCCCAUAUCCAUACAAAAAAGGGCGUAUGGGAUAUGGACGCUUAGAACAGUCUAUUUUAACAAGGGAGAGUAGUUCUGAAACAUCUGUUCCACCACAUGUUUUGUGGAAGGAAGCCCGUGUGGGAAAGGAUGGAGUUGUCAAAGAAGAUGUUCAAAAAGUUUUUGAAAAAUGCGAGACUCUAUCUCAGUCUAUAUCUCCAGAUGAAGACAAUGAUUGCAGGAGCAUCCUUAGCCGCGCAUUAGAUAUUCCUAAAUAUUCUGGUCGGGUGAGGGGUAAGGGAUUUGGAAUCACUCCAACAUCCUUGAAGAUGAAAAAACAGAAGGCUCCUAGCAAUAGAGAACUGCAGGAAACCUUGUAUGCACUACAAGCUGAAGUCCGCGAAUUGGAAAGGGAAAAAGAAUUAAGAGAGCAAGCUUCAGGUUGUAAAGCUACUAGUGACAAAGGUAGUAUCUGUUGUAAUUUUCAACCGGAUCUUCCAGAGGGCAUUUCACCUUGCCAACUCUACUUAUCGUCACCGACUUAUCGGAUGGUUGGCAAGGGAAAAGUGCAUAACACUUUGGGAGAAUUACUUCACACUAAACCGCUCCCUACUGCCUGUUUGAAAGUAUCGGUUGACAUUGCUUUAGAGAAGGAUGCGUUAUUACCGCAUCCUGAUGAUGUUUCGGAUGCCACAUUGGUGGGAGAUGCAAUAGGUUCGUUUGUUGCAUGGUCGUCAAGCCUAAUUAGUGUAGAUGAUGAGGUAUGCUUAAAACCAUAUAUAUGA